AUGAUAAUAGAUGGUCCUUUACUCGAGGCCAUCUGCAAAUCCUUGAGCAUGUCGUUCUCCAAUGGAGCAGAUGAGCCAGAUGCUGGGCUAGGCAAUCCCAUCCACCCAGAUCUCUGGAUUCUGCCGAACGAUUUCGAUGCUUUUUUGGCUGAGGUGGAUCAAAUUCGUGCUGAAUCAAAUGAUUUUAUACACGGGUAUAUGAACGCCCAGUAUGGUCAUCAGCCUCCUUACUUUUUUGUGCCGAAUCCUCCAGUCAAUCUUCUUCAUCUAUACCCACUUCCACUCCAUUCUCUUCGUCCAUACCCUCACGGUGCAUUGGACCCCCGACUCUUCAACCCUCCUCAACCUGCUCAGCCUGUUUGGCAGCAUCCUCAGCCUUCAUUCCACGCACAACCAUUCUAUCCAGCCCGCAAUCUUCCCCUCUUUCAACCUCUACCGCAAGAUCAGAACCAUCCGAUUUACUUCCCUCCAUUGCCUCUCCAUGUGGGUUUGCAACGCCGUGACCAUCUCAUUCGACUGCCCGAUGAACUCCUUCGCAAGGUGGCCGGAUACCUAUCCUUCGAAGAUCGCGAGAGUCUCAUGAAAACUUGCAAGAAACUGAAAAAUUCCACCCAGGGCUUGACUGUGGCCCAUAUCAACUGGGUGAACACCGAGAAUCAAAGCAGAAGACAUCGUCCCACGCGCUUCCCCCAGAGAUCACUUGAGCUUGUUCGAGUUCAUGACGGCAAAAUUCUUGGAGAUCUCCUUGAUCCAAGUCACUCUGCAGGUCCAGGGAGCAUUCCAGUGGCAGGAUCGCUCGCCAAAUAUGUUGUCAAGCUCGAAAUGGGAAGUGUCUGCCCGGAUAAAUGCAAGCACGAUCCCGACUGCAAGGUCUGCAAGGUUGAGUGCGAUCAUUCUCCCUGCGGCUUAAGCUAUCGCCUAUUCAGUCAAUUCUCAGGCCUCAAAGAUCUCAUCAUUGAUGUUGAUCUAUUCAAAGGAACGUUAAAAGAUCUGAGAUUACCCGAGAGACUACAGGCAUUACGACUGUACGCCCUCAAAACUCAGCAGCGCCUCAAAUUCUGUCGAAGUCUUUGUAACCUCAAACAUGAUAACUUGAGGAAGUUAAGUGUUUCCACGCUGAAUAUCGGCUGGUCAUCGGAAAGACUGCGUAUGAGUGACCCCACCUCCGCGGAUGAAGACAAGCUUCACCUGCCACGUCUCCACUCACUGGCAUUUCUACACGUUCAAAUAAGAGCAUCCGUUUUGAAGAUCCUCUUCUGGCAAUGGAGGAAUGUUAAGAAAGUCUGGUUCAAACACAUACCAGACAGCGAUCGAGCCAAGCCUACACCUAGAGUUCCCGAUAAUGAUUCAUUGGAUCUCACCGUGUUUGGAACAAUUCUGGAAUCAAUGAAGACAUCUCUGGAAGAACUCUACAUGAUCUUCCAUUUGCCGUUGAGACAUGCUGAUGAGCCAAUCCCAGUGCCUGGUAUCUUACCUAGUCUCAGCGACUUCUCGAAGCUCAGACUGCUGAGCAUUGACCCCGCUGUUUUCGUGGGUGUAGAGACUUGCAGCAUGGCUGCUGAUCCUGCCCUGACAUAUACUGGUGCCGCAACAUUUGCACAGUAUCUCCCUGACAGCCUAGAAGAAUUAGUCAUCGUUCUCAACCUGGAGCAGACCAAUCGAAAUCCUCUGGUGCAUUACAGAUCGGAUCUGAUCGAGGGGAUAUUGGUUGACAGAUUGACCAACGAUAAGUUUCCACAUCUGACUGACAUACGCAUCCUGGAAGACAUUUUCUAUGUGCCAAAUAAAAGAUGCGAUACCCCUGGCAAUCCUGGGCUGGCAGCACAAGUUCAGCCGCAGAGCCAUGUCCACUGCUAUGUAGAUCACUCUACUCUUCUUCCUAGUACACAAGAUCCUGAGGAAUCAGCGCAGCUCGACAAACUGAUGAGUCUUUGCAUAAAUACAGGCAUCCUUCUGUGGCGCUUGCGGUCGCCCAGAGCUACGCAGAACAUCAUACAGUAUUCGAAGUGGCUUCAUACCCAUGCUGCCCCUUUUCAGGGAGAUUCUUCCUGGAUCUACCCUGUCGAACGUUUCUAA